CUGAAGCGCGCUUUAUAUCCCUCAAGGUCGAUGACCUCUGAUAAAGUAGAAACGUUUUUGAGCCAGUUACCCACUGCGGAUAGCUCUGCAUUACCGGAACUCAUACUAUCCAUUACUGAAUGUCCAGGUUUAUUUGUCUUCGGAGAAUUUCUCGACCAUCCAAAAUUAAGUCUAUCGAAAAUGGAGAAUAUUCUCAGUAUUAUAACUUGAUGAAUCUUUUCUGCUAUGGUACAUUUGAAACGUAUACUAACAAUGGAUCUGCGUAUCCUGAACUACGACCUUCUCAUAUUCGGAAGCUGAAGCAGCUUUCAAUUAUCGAUGAAGCAUACAACCAGAAGCGUAUACCAUAUAGUCUGUUAUGCAGAAAGCUUGAUCUCACAUCAUCAAGAGAUCUAGAAGACCUGAUAAUUGAGCUUUUCUACCUCGAAGCAAUAACGGGCAAGCUUGAUCAACAAAAAGCUUUAUUGGAAGUCAGCUCCGCUAUCGGGCGUGAUAUACGCAUAGAGCAAAUUCCUGAGCUGCAAAGGAAACUGGACUCUUGGUGUGCUCGAGUUGAAUCUGUGCUAGCUCAUAUAGCUAACGAAAUAAAAACAGUUAAUAAUCGGCGAUAUGAAUCAGAACUGCAUCAAAAACAGAUAACGGAGGCAUCAAAUUCUAUUAGAGAAGCUUUAAGAGGACAAAUGUCAAAGUCAAAUGUGCGUUUUUUACCUUUAUCUGUCGAAAGUUCAUAUUAAUGUAAGCAUAAAUCGGGUAGGAGGCGCGAAAGCCAAAGUAGCAUGUAUCAGACACCACAUGUUAAGUUGUCGAAUUAUAGAGGCACCAUUAUAAAACUCAGUAUGCAGUUCAAUAUCUCUUCUGAAUGCUUUUAAGGUGACUAGCUUCUGUGUAUACCUCACAUUUUUUCAUACGCUACUAACAUAUUCGGACAUACUUUUGUUGUUUACUUUUUCUUAGUAUUUGGAAAUGUCCUAUUAAGUCGUUUCACAUUGUUUAGUCAGGUGUCUUGGGUGUUUGAGGUUGAAAACAGAUGCUUAUUUUGCUUAUAGGGUUUAAUUCUCACCUGUGAGGUAAGAAAAAUUACUUUGUGGUUCCACAUUUUCGGUCUUGUGAAAUAAAAGCAGUUGGUGGAACUCUGCUUCCUAACUACGUUAAUCUGUAGCCGCGACCGCACAGUAGUUAGAUGUUGACAGCACUUUCAAUUUAGUCUACCAACUUUUUAAAUAUCCAACAGUUACUUGCUACAACUCAGUGGCUUGGAGUAGGGAAUUAGAAAAGAUACCAAAAGUUAGAGGAAACUAGUGUGUUAACAUGGCUACUUUCAUCUACCUUUUUUGUAGUGUUUCCUAAAAAUGUAGGCAUGCAUAAUAUUUUUAAUGGCAGUCACCAUUAAUUUAACUGUCGUAAUAAUAAUAACUAAGCUUAUAACUAGUCACACCUGAUUAACAUUGGCAUUUAUGAAGGAAGUGAUUGAUUUCUACCACAAAACGAGUAGAUGAUUUCAACCAUAUUUUUAGAGUGGCUAGCUGUUUUUUUUUACUUGUUGGAUGGGGGUAGCCGUUACAUAUUGUUGCAAUAAUAUAUUUUUUGACCUGGAUAGUUGCUGAUGAAGUAAAAAUUGUAGAUAGCUGACGAAGAUGUUCUGUGAAAGGCUUGUGGUUCGGCCCUCUGGCGGAUCGCACUUACGAUGAAGACUUCCCACAGCCUGUUCUCAGUAAUACCAAUAAAAUAGCAUAGUUCCUCAAUGUUAAGUAGUAUGGUCGUCGUAGAAUAUAUUUAUUUACUGUGGAGUGUUUUGCCUGGUUCACAAAUCUGUCACAUUUCGCAUCUGGGUUUUUGUGAUUACUGUAUGAAUGAUCCGUAAUGAAAGAGCUACAAGCCAGUUUGGAUCAUACUGGGUUCCCUACAGCUAUAGGAAUACCUGUUUCAUCAAUUCUCUACAGAGUUGUAAAAUAUUAUACUUAGGCACUUAGGUAUCUUGUCACUAUUGUAUCUGUUUUUCGAGACGGUUAAUAAAAGAAGUUUCUAGGAACAUGUUAGGGUCUUAACGUAUUAAACGGAUCUUUUGUAAUCUUCGACUGCAAACGAUUACAGUUAAGGCUGUUCCUUCGGAGAACUCCUUCAGUAAUUUUGUCGAUCUGCAGUCCAAUGAGUUUUGAAACGUUUGUAUAGUAAAAUAUAAUUAAUAAACACUGGUAAGGUCAAGUAAUCACUACGCAUCAGUGAAGCACAAAUGAAUAGUGAGAUACGUUGAAUUGUAUAUUCCUACUCAUACAUCAAUAUCUAGGUGGUGAUGAGAAGUUUGUCUACUCCAAAAUUGUCGUUAGCACCAUUUUUUUUGAAAUAUCAAACUUAUCUUUGUAUUACAAUUUACAAGGUAACUCAGUAUAGUCUCGGCUACCAUUGCAUUGUACCUGAUCAGCCAGUGCAUAAAGGGCUCUUUUUCAGACCUUAACUAGUUGUACUUGGGCAUCUCCGUGCAUUUUGUGUCACUUAUGUUGUAGAUAUAGCUAUAGGAAAGUGAUUAAAGUUAAAGAUAGUUACAUCUGAGUGAGUCGGACAUUCUUCAUCAUUACGAAAAUUGUUCAUAUAUGAAUCUUUGAGUUUUCUAUGUGGAAGUGUGAGCUUGGUUAUCUUUAUUUUGGUUCACCCAUAUUUGUAGACGUUUUCGUUACUAAGCGUAGAUAUUGUUUUUCAGACUCACGGUUUACGGAUGGAUGUAGAUGAUAUUGUUAUUCAUCCUGAUUUAUUGGAAAAUCGUGUAGAAGCAAUUCGCCAAAGCCCAAGUAGUGUUGAAAGUGGUGUUAAUGACCGUGAUGUCCGUAGCAGGCUAACAGUCUUCAAAAACCUUCGGCAUGGCAGAUCAUCCAAACAGCAGUAGUGCUGAGUCUAUUUUGUGUUCCUUGACGUAUUCUUAAUUAUGAAAAUCCCUUUUUGAAGAAACUCUAGCUUAUGUUUCAGUAUUCAUUCGCAAUGAGUAUGGUUUGUGAUCCCCUGUAAAAAUUUCACACCUGAAUAAAGUCAAGCAAACACUGAAAGAAUUCUUUUUACUCCUUAUUGUUAAGAUUUUGACAACCAUUUCCAUUUUUUGCAGUUUCUCCACAUGGAUCAAGAUAUAAAUACUUAAAUAUGUUAUAGAUUUACCUGGAAGGAGAAUGUGUUGAACAAGAUAACUGAAAAUGGUAAGAACUACUUUUGAGUUUCCUGAAAGGGGUUUUUCGUCACCGGUCGACAUGUAUCAGAGAAGCAUUGGAAACCUAGGAGCACUAAAUAUCUGUUUUAUCCAAGUUGGGUGUAAGAAGAAACAGUCACCGGUGGAGAGUAAUUGUCAGACACCAAACUCUGUUAGCCAAAACUGAUAUCGUGGGUCAUGGACGUCUGCUGUAUUUGUGAGAUGUGCGUAGGGAACACAAAUGAAGUUAUUCAGUUUACCUCACCCGGCUAAUACGCCGAAUGGGAGCUAUGGCUCAGUGGUUUAGGGAGAUGACUACCGACCAUUAGGAAACAAGUUCGAGCCCCGCUGCAUCUAUUGAAGCGGCCAGGCAGUAUCAGUAGCCCUCACACAAUAGGUGUAGCUCAUUGAUUACUGCACGAAUAUGAAUAUCGUAGCUGAGUGCGUAAAUCUA